AAGAGCCACUGUUGAAAGUGAAAGGAACAUUUCAAUACGGACAUUUUGUGGAAGCUCAUUUCUGACGGAAGACAUCUUACAUCGACUGUUUUGUCAUCGUAUCUUGUUGGUGAAUACAUCUUGGGGAAAGUGUUGUUGAAGAAGCAAACAGGGACCAUGAAAUAUCAGAACUUUGAGAACACAGAGGUGAGAGGAGAAGGAGAUGAUGUUGAUGAAGAUCUUCGGCUGCUGUUGAUCGGUAAAACCGGAUCCGGGAAAAGCGCCACCGGGAACAUCAUCUUUAACGAUCGAGUGUUUAAGUCAGUAAUGAGCUCUUCAUCAGUGACCAGAUCCUGUAAAUCACACACUGGUAAUGUUAAUAACAGGAGCGUGAGAGUCAUCGAUACUCCAGACUUCAUCUUCUCCACUCGCACUGACUUUGAUUCAGACUCAGAGCUGAAGAAAGCUCUUGAAUUAUGUUCACCAGGAGCUCAUGUGAUCCUGCUUCUUCUGUCUUUAAGCACUUUCACUGAGCAGGAGAUGGAUUUCACUGGUUGGUUUGAGCAGAAGUUUGGUGAAGAAGCUCUCAGAUUUACUGUAGUGCUCUUCACUCAUGCAGGUCAGAGACACAUGAGGACACUAGCAGAAAUGAUCAGGAUGAAUCCUCAAUUAUCUGAUUUUAUUAACCGAUGUGGGCAGAGAUAUCAUGAGUUUAACAUUAAAGCUCCAGCAAACAGAGGACAGGUGACUGAACUCAUAGAGAAGAUCGAGAGACUGAUAUCUGAUAACACAAACUCCUGCUACACACUCGACAUGAUGCUGGAGACUGAGAGGAGAAGAGAGGAGAGAGAGAGGAGAGCAGAGGAGGAGAAGAGAGAAAAGGAGGAGAGGAGAAGAGAGGAGGAGAGGAGAGAGCGGAUAAGAGAGGAGGAGAGGAGAGAGAGAGAACACCAGAUGCAAUUAGAAAGAGUCAAAAUAGAGACAGAAAAUAGUGUGAGGAGAUAUAUUGAACAGGAGAAACAGAAGAGAGAAGAGGAGGAGAAAAGAGAAGAAGAGAAGAGAAAAGAGGAGGAGAAGAGGAAAGAGGAGGAGAAGAAAGAAGAGGAGGAGAAGAGCGGAGAUGAAGAGAUAGAGAGUGAACAUACAGCAUUAGAGAGAGACAGUGGGUUCAAACACGUUGUAAAAGAGAAUAAGUACAUAAUUGGUGCAGGUGUAAGUGUAAGUGUUGUUGUGAUUGUAUUAGUAUUCGUUCUCCUGAAAAUAUUUUCUUCAACUCAACCUUAAUAUAAUGUAAUGCCUGGUGGUUGACAAUGUAUUUUAUGAAGGAAGACAUAAUUUCAUACCUGCUAGUUUAGAUUAUGGAUGUUUCAUGUGUUCAUGGAGAUAUAAUAUCGCUAUUUGUUGCUAAAAUGAUUUACGUAAUAUGUCAUUCAUAUAUUUAAACACACACACACACA